GCCAGGAUUUGUGACGUGGUUUACAGUACUGGGGGCUGGAAAAUAAGAGGCUGCCACCGCAAACCACGAAAGAUCCUUGUAGAUCAGAUCCAGCUUCACGUAGAGAGACUUCGUUUGGCUGGUGUCCGGGGAGAUAAGUGUGAUCGGAUGAAUGUGUCCUUGUUUUGCUUGCUUUUUUUUUUUCUUUUUAAUUUUCUGGGGGGUGGGGGUGGACAGGAUGUCUAAUCGUCCAGAGCUUCAGUGGUGAAUGGACUUACAGGGUCGUACACCUCUGAAUGAAUGACCCGUUGGCUUUUAGGACACCUCAGAGAAACUUUUCUUUUUUAAUUCAUUCACGGGAUGUCUGUUCAGUGACACUUAGGCUGUCUCGGUGACUGCUCUCUGGAAUAUUUAACUUGAAGCACUCAUCUUAUUAUUAAACCUUAUGUACUGCUGAACUGGUCGCUACUUGGCAGCUGAAACAUGGCACUUUAUGUAGAAGGUCUGAGUAAAGGAGUGGCCAACGGAGGGAUGGCUCAGUUCCAGGAAAUGAUGCGGCAGCAGCUGGAGAGCUCCAUGCACACCGAGCUGGAGAAACUGCUGGACACCGCCACAGGGGCCGAGAGAGAGGUGUCCAAGAAAGACUUUGAGGGCUUCAACAACCUUUUUCACAGAUUUCUGCAGGUUAAGGGGCCAUCGGUAGAGUGGAUCAAGAUACAAAGACCUCCAGAGGACUCAAUCCAGCCCUACGAUAAGAUCGAAGCUCGAGGCCUGCCCGACAACGUGGCCGACAGCCUGAACAAACUGGUGGUGGUGAAGCUGAAUGGAGGCCUGGGCACCAGCAUGGGAUGCAAGGGCCCCAAGAGCCUGAUCAGCGUCCGCAACGAGAACACCUUCCUGGACCUCACUGUGCAGCAGAUAGAGCACCUGAACAAGACGUACAACACAGAUGUGCCCCUGGUCCUCAUGAACUCCUUCAACACAGAUGAAGACACAAAGAAGAUCCUGCAGAAGUACACACACCACCGCGUCAAGAUACACACCUUUAACCAGAGCAGGUAUCCUCGCAUCAACAAAGAGUCCCUCCUCCCUGUGGCCACAAGCUUGACCAUGACUGGGCAAAACACAGAAGGCUGGUACCCUCCGGGGCACGGCGACAUCUACGCCAGCUUCUACAACUCGGGCCUGUUGGACCAGCUGAUCGCGCAGGGCAAGGAGUACAUCUUUGUGUCUAACAUCGACAAUCUGGGAGCCACCGUGGACCUGCACAUCCUGCACCACCUGGUCAGCCAGCCCAACGGCAAGCGCUGCGAGUUCAUCAUGGAGGUGACGGACAAGACGCGUGCUGACGUCAAGGGUGGAACGCUGAUCCAGUACGAGGGGAAACUGCGUCUGCUGGAGAUCGCCCAGGUGCCCAAAGCCCAUGUGGACGAAUUCAAAUCGGUUUCAAAGUUCAAGAUCUUCAACACCAACAAUCUGUGGAUCUCUCUGGCUGCUAUCAAGAGACUGCAGGAACAGAAGGCAAUGGACAUGGAGAUCAUAGUCAACCCCAAGACACUUGACGGUGGACAGAACGUCAUCCAGCUGGAGACGGCGGUCGGCGCGGCGAUCAAAUGCUUCGACAACGCCCUGGGAAUAAACGUACCCCGCAGCCGCUUCCUGCCCGUCAAGACCACGUCGGACCUGCUGCUGGUCAUGUCCAACCUGUACAGCCUGGACGCCGGCUCUCUCACCAUGAGCCCCAAGAGGGAGUUCCCAACAACGCCGCACGUCAAACUGGGCAGCUCCUUCACCAAGGUUCAGGAGUACCUGACCCGCUUCGAGAGCAUCCCUGACAUGCUGGAGCUCGACCACCUGACGGUGUCUGGAGACGUCACCUUUGGGAAAAACGUUUCACUCAAGGGCACCGUCAUCAUCAUCGCCAACCACGGAGACCGGAUCGAUAUUCCAGCCGGCUCCAUGCUGGAAAACAAAAUUGUGUCUGGCAACCUCCGCAUCCUGGACCACUGAGACCUUUCUCACUCCCCUCCCACCCACCCCCCAUCAUGUGACCCAGUUGGCUUUAUCCCAGUCAUGUGACCCGUUUCCCAUGUUUGCCUGACAUCAACAGAUUGUGUGGGGAAGUGUUUUUUCCUCAGGCCGUGUGUGAUAGCAUGUGCAGUGUUACUCUGCAGUCUCAACCACGGUUUGUUGGGAAUGUGUGUGUAGCUUGCAUAUACUGCCCUCUACAGGCCGUUUAUUAUAAAAUAUACACCUUUAUUGGUAUUAAUAAUAAGCUGGUCAUAGCUCUCUCAAUUUUCAUAAUGAACUAUAUUCAUGAUAAAGAGAAAAAUCAACAGUUCAGAUUUUUAUGUUUUAUUCUCCUUUUAACUUGUGAUUUUGACAGUUUCCUGGCCAGAAAAUAAAACCUGCCAAAAUAGAAAUAAAAAUAGAAAUAGAAAUGAGUGAGGAUAAAAAUGAGGACUGCACAUCAAAAAAACCAACCUGAUGAUUUUAUCAUCUUCAUCCUCUGUGUGCACUUACAGCACUGCUAAUGCAGUCACACAGUGUACAUUCGCAGAGAGGUGAAGUCACGGUUUCUGAAGUGACGGAGGAGUUUUAAACAUUUAUCUCAAGCACAAACAUCUCACUGUGGAGACGUGACGUGGUUCUACAAUUCAGCUGUGAUAAGAUAUGUUCAGCUGAAAUAAUCCUGGAUUAAACUGACUUUUGACCGACUGUUAUUUAGUGUUGGGAUAAGAGCAGUGAGACUUAACCACAGCAGUAAACGUCCUCAAACACAACCUCAAACAUUAAAGUUACAACAUUAACUUCACCAAAACCAGACAAUCCAGUCCAUGAAUUUGUGGAACCGUGCAGAAAUCAAGCCUGAAGUGAAGUUUGUGCUUAGAAAUAAAUUGGUUAACUUUUUCCAGAGCAAGGCGACAACUGUGACUUCCACAUUAUAGAGCGUAGAACAUGUUUCCACUGGAUAUAUUUACACCUGCAGUGUCCAGGCCGACCUGGUCGCAGGUGUUUGUGCCAUACAAGAGAAACUAACGUUACCCAUAUGAUGCCUGAACAACCUCUGUGGCUUUUGGACUGUAAUGAUCCAUAUCCAGGCAUGAAAACGAUGCCAUGAAAUUUUAUGUAACAGCUGAAAUUAUAUCAUUUUGAAGUGAAGGCCUUUGUAUGUACAGUCCCAGUGUGAUGGAGAUGAUGAAAAAUAUCACACUGGUCAUUACUGUUUUUUUUUGUUUUUUUUAUCCAGUAUGUUUGUUCACAUUUUGAUCUUCAUGUUGUAUGAAACCUCAAGCCUCCAUCACGGUAUCAGAUCUCUCCUGUUUCCUCUGUGCAUCCCCGUCAUUCAGCGUUAGCUCUUCACUCAAAGCACGACGGGACAUUUUAAGACACAUACGCAAAGUCUGAGCGCGAGAAUACUUGAGACGGGUCCGACUCGUGCGGACCGGGAGCCUGAAAGCAAUAAGCGUUGAUCUGUGACAGUGACGGAGUCUCAGCCCAGCCCAGUUCUGCCUCCUCAGAGCUGAAUAAAGUGCAAUAUGAAAUACUGA